CUUUAAAUGUCACAGAUAAAAAUAUCACAGCCACAGCAGAGUCAUAUUCACCGACAUGUUUGUGUCUGCGCUUUUAUUUUGUCUCUUUAACGUCGUCAUGUCCGACAAACAGCUGACUUCGGUGGACUUUGAGAUUUUUGGGAAUGUCCAGGGUGUUUGCUUCAGGAUGUACACAGAGGAUCAGGGUCGUAGUCUGGGACUGAGCGGCUGGGUGAAGAACACCAGACAAGGAACUGUGAUUGGUCAAAUCCAGGGACCACCGGAUAAAGUCAGCGACAUGAAGCAGUGGCUGAAAAGCGUUGGCAGCCCGAGCUCUCGAAUCGACCGCGCUGUUUUCUCCAACGAGAGAGACAUUUCCAAGCUGGAGAUCCACGGUUUCUCUACUCGCUACUGAGCAUGCUCAGUGGUGACGUUACUGCUUAUAACUGUAGUUGAGCAAUGGACAGAACAACGGUAGUAAAUAGUCUGGAGGAAGUGUGGGCGGGGCAUCGAUAUCGUGGCUCCACCCUUGGACUGUACUGAUCAGACUGUGGCUCCAAAGUUGCAAGAUGGCGACGUCCAUAUCCCGGGGAAAACAGCGUCAGUUUGGCCAGUGAAAGGAAGUGUUGUCCAUAUUUAUAUACAGUCUAUACAGGUGGAACCAGAUGGAGGUUGAUGACUGUUACGGCUAUGCUAUAAAUAAAUAAUGAUGUUCGUCUUA